GUGCUUCCUAAAAAUAUUAAUUUUUCCAAACGUUUCCUAGUUAAAUUUAAGCGAAGUGGCAUAGACAAACAAGCUUGCCAACUACACAAACAAAACUAAGGCUAGGAUGCCUUCAAUAAUUUCAAUUUAAAAUAUGCAAUUUUCAAUUAUCAAUGUUAAAACAAAAUAGUGACAUUGGUUUACUGAUAUGAGUACUUUUGACCGAUACCCACUCGAUUCUUAAUUUCAAAGUAUCGAUACUAAAAGUACUUGGUAUCGGCGCAAAAGUAUCGAGUACGUACUUGUAUUUACUCGUAUCGUUUCAUCCCUAUGAGUGAGAUCUCAUAGCAACGCGCGAGUAAAAAUACAAAAAUGUCAUUGGUACCGUAUUGGCUGCGCCAUUUACGAAAUCUGGCUUACCGUGACCCUGUGGCCAGGAUGCUGGAAGACCCAUUCGCCGUGUUCGCGAAGGAUCCAUUCUUCAGGGACCCGGUGAAGUACAUGCGUCAAGUCACGCCGGUGGAACAUGAGCAUGGCAUCGAAGGUGUUUACUCGGAUUCUGAGAUAAAAGCAGACGGGAAGAAAGUGGAAGUGCAUUUGGACGUGCAGAACUUUACUCCCGAGCAGAUUCAAGUGAAGACAGUGGGGAAUGAGAUCACGAUCGAAGGAAAGAAGGAAAUUAAACGCGACGGUGGGUGGACGAAGAGUCAUUUCGAGAGGCGUUUCCUGCUGCCCGACGGUUUCCCUCCGGAGAGGGUGGAGUGCCACCUGGACAAGGGCAAGUUGAGGCUCAUCGCGUUCAGAGCGGAGCCGCUGGCCGAGCGAACCAUACCGAUCCAGGAUAAAUCUGGAAGCGACAGUGACAAAGAGAAAUCUUCGUGAAUAUUCUAGAUGUUUAAGGGUAUAAAUAUUACCAUGUACAUGGGUAUUUUCUUCAAUUGUAUUCGGUAUUAAACAAUAUGAUGCAAUAUUUUGAAAGAUCUCUGCUUUGAAACUUGUCCAAAGUUGCAACUAGUGAAAUGAUUGUGAAAUAUUUUGUUUUGUACCUACAUAACUCUAUUUAGUUAGAGGCAGACUGAUUAGUUUAGUUGAUUAGUAAAGUAUUGGUUUUUUGUAAAUAAAAAAUUAAAAAAAGUACGUAGGUGUUUUAUUCA